AUGUCUCUGGCACGCGCUUUCACCACGCGGCGCGCGAAGCAGUCUAUUGACCUGAAAGAUUCAAACAACGUUGUUCCGCAGCGCAGCAACACCACAGUCAAGCGCCAUGGAUACUCUGGGUCCAUCCGCAACAAGAUCUCAGCACCCACAGAGCUGACCCACACGACGAAUAUGCUGGCAUACAAUGCACCAGACCUGUACCCCAAGUCAGCUUCCUCCACAACUUCAUCCAAGUCCUCCGACGAUGAGUCCGAUGGACACCAAACCAGCGCAUCAUCGCCACCUACCAGUCCAGAUGUCGACUCUGUAGAUGGCCGUACUCCAUCGCCAGAGCCUAAUCACUUGUCAUGUUAUUUUACCGCUCCGGGUCAGAAGCUCCCCGUCACGAAGGCCCCGGCGCCAAGGAUCCCGGCACGCGCUCCCUCGCAUACCAAGAAGGCAUCCUAUGACAACCUAGCUCGACAACAGUCACUCCGGCAACUAAGUCAGUCGGGAGACUCGAUCUCCUCCAAGGCUAGCUCUUCCCUGUCACGGUCUUCGUCGACUUCGACAACUGCCACGUCGGUAUCCUCUGGCUCCUACCGAACCAAGCCUCAAGUGCCUUCAGUACCAACAAUCCCUUCUGAGCCAAGGGUGGUCCCACCCUCGCCAGCCCGGCCAAUGCCCCCCGGUAGCAUCGAGAUACGGGCGAGUCAUCCCUUCCGCAAGGAGCUUGCUCAAGUAUCAGAGAUUGCUGAGGAGUUUGGCGUGAAGGACAGGCUACAAGUAGUCGAUGAGGAAGAGCAAGAUCUCGUUCGCAAGGGCCUCAACAGGUUCAGAGCCGAGGACUACCUAGCCGAGGUCCAAGGCCUAUUCUCGACUUUCUUCGCGCCGGAAAAGACCCAGGCGCAGCCCGUCUGGAUCUAA